AUGCCCUGGCAGCCCCUUCCCCGAAUCGCCUUCGCCGUCGCGACAUACCCCUUUGCCGCCUCGGGCCCGGCCGACCUUCCCCUCGAGCUCGGCGAUGAGUUGUACAUAAUCGAGGAGACCCCCGACGGCAACUGGCUGCGUGGCUAUCUGGUCGCCCCGCCCAGUCUGCUGGCCGGACUGACUUCCGUCAAGGGCCAGACCCUCGAGGCCCGUGUCUUUAGCGGCAUCUUUCCCCGGAGCUGCGUCGAGGUGCGCGAGGUGCUGGGCGAGGCCGACGAUACCGACGACGCCGACGACGCUGCUAGUGACGAUGCUACCGCCGACACUCAUUUCGGAAGCGACUCAGCCAAGAGCGGUUUGACCCCGACUGCUGUCGACAGACCAAAGGCGAUACAACGCCACAAGUCGUUUGGGAACGCAAAAGGUCCCAGAGGCAACAGGACAGGAACAAAGGGCCGUACGCCCCUCCAGGAGCUUCCCAAUGGCACCCACGGCCGCCUCUCCAUCCCCGUCAAGCGUGACCCCGACGCACCUCGCCCUGCCGCCCCCGUGCCGAUGCUCAAAAUUGGCGACGAAACCCCGACAUCCGCCGCCGAACCCCUCAUCGACGAGAUUGCCAGCUGCCUCCGCGAAUGGCACUCGACGAACCUGCACGGCCUGCUCCUAUCCAGGCAAUACUCGCGCCUCGAGAAGCUCUCUCAACUCAUCCACACGCUAAACCUGAGCCGUCAACAGUUCCUCCACAACGUCCUCACGAGGCAUGAAUACCAAAAGCUGCGCGAAAAGACGGUCUGGGAUCUGGUGCGCGUCAACAAGCUAUGUGGCGGAGAGGUCGUCGUCCGUGACCCUGCAGACCGUGGACGCGUACUGACGGGCGAUGACUCGGUGGUCGACAUCACAAAACUGCAGUCUGUCAUGAGCGUUCUCGACGAACCUCCCCAGCCCACCGUCGAACCCACAGCUCUCCACCACCUGCUUUUCGACGUCAAGGGUUUCGCCGGCGCAUCGUCCGAAGAGACCUCGCUGACCGCCUACCUGGUGGCCAAGCCCGUCGGAGGCAAGGUGGCCACGCUGACGGAAUGCUUCGUCAUCGAGAUACCCCCUGGCGGGACCAUAGGCAGCCUGGCAAAAUCGGGCCAAACGCGAACCGUAUUCGCCGACCUCUCUUCGCAGGACAUCGGCGAUGGCGCGUCGGCCGACACGGAGCUGUACCUCGUCGUCAAGGUGCGGUCCAGUGAGCAAAUCAUUGCCAGCCGGAAGCCCGACUCUCGUUCCGGCGCAAAGUCUCAGGGGACUGGAUAUUCCAAGGAUCCUGCCAAGCCCACGUCCGCCGGUAACGGCAAACCUUCUAGAAGAAGUCUCAUGUGGGGAUCCAAGAGCGGUCGUUCUGCCUUCUCCAGAGGGAACGCCACGCCAAAGCUUGACUCUCUGACCGAGUAUCCCGAAGGCCGUCCGUCAACACAAGACGAUGGCCAAGGGAGUGCCCCACCUCCCAGUACCGCCGGCUCGAGGCCUCGAGGCUCGUUUGAUGCCGGUGCCGGCUUUCUGAUGGCGGAACGGACUGUCGGUGUCGGUGUUCUCAAGCUCAACUCUAUAAUGAAACAGGACGAGGACGUUGAACAGGUCGUGAGCAUCUGGUCAGCCUCGCUGACGCCACCGGCCGAGAAACAGAGUCUCAACGACGAGUGGGAUGGCCUCAUCCGAGACCUGAUGGACAGCAAGAGUGGCCAUUAUGAGAAGUCGCGUCGCACCGAGCGGGUACAAGUCCACCUCAGGUCGUUCAACCACCAGGAUGUGGACGAGCUGGUCAAGACAACGCCGACAUUGCUUGCUGGUAUCCGAAAGACGAACAAGAUGGGAUUCUCGGGCGCACCUACCAAGGCUAGAUCGGAUAUCUACGUCACCCUCGACUCCGCUGCCCUCUCGAAACACAACCUCUUGUCCAGGUAUGCAGGGAGCCCGACCGCGCUCGCCAGCAGUGUACAAGGAAAUGAUUUGCAGGUCACGCUCGAGGUGCGGAGAAGUGACGGGGAAAAGAUCCCCAACUGCAUCUUUUCUUCGUCCAACACGGAAGGCAUCACUACCUGGAAGUCUGUGGCAGUCGAGAGAGGGGAGCAUUGGAGCCAGACGGUCCGACUCGCCAUCUCGCCAGAGGAUGUCUUCGCUUCGCACCUCGUCAUGUUCCUGUCUGACAUGCCCAACCCCCCAUUCGCGGUUGCCCACAUGCCGUUGUGGAACCAGGAGGCCUUUGUCCGCGAUGGCACGCAUGCCCUGUUGCUGUACAAGGCUGAUGAGUUCACCUCCACCGCCCAAGCCGGGCCAUCCGGCAGAGGGGGUUACCUCUCCCUGCAGUGGAGUGCUAGAGGAAACGAAGAGCAUUCUGCCGACGUGACCGGCCCCCAGGCCAUCCUGCGAGUCGAUACCUACCUGUGUAGCACCCGGUUUUCCCAGGACCGCGUCGUUCUGGGCUUGCUCAAGUGGAAAGAGGCGGCCAAGGACGACAUCCCGACGCUGCUGAAACACCUCAUUUUCGUGCCAGAGAUUGAGGUCGUCAAGCUUCUCAGCGACGUACUCGACGCACUUUUUGGUGUGCUGGUGGAGUACUCGGGCAACGACGAACUCGAGGACCUCGUGUUCACGGCCCUGGUUAGGGUCCUGGGCAUCGUGCACGACAGGCGGUUCAACCUCGGCCCGCUCGUCGACCACUACGCGGAGAACCGCUUCAACUACCCGUUCGCCACGGCUUGCCUCGUCAGGUCAUUCACGCGGCUGCUCGAAAAGCCGACGGAACCCACGACGUCGCGCAAGCUCCGGUCCACGUUCAAGGUUGUGCGACACAUCCUCAAGUUCAUCACACACGCUCGCGACCAGCAGCAGGCCAAGGAAGCCGGAAUAGGCAUCACCAAUUCGCACUCGGCCCCUGGCUUCACCCGGGAGCUGAGGAACAUCUUCAAGGCCCUGGACGCCAUGAUGCGCAGCCACGCCCCCGUCCUUGUCGGAAGCCAGACACUGGCCGUCCAGCAUUUCCAUACGUGGCUGCCCGAGCUGACGGGUCUCUUAUCGACCGAGGAGAUUCUCCACAUCGCCAUCGACUUCCUCGACUCUUGCGCCGAUGUCAAGGGCAAGCUGGUGCUGUACAAGCUCGUGCUCAUCAUCAACUACUCCAAGCUCGACAUCUUCUCGCAUCCCGAUCAGAAAUCUGCCCUCACCGCCAACACGGUCCGAUGGAUUGCCCCUCACUGGGGUCACACCGAAGCCGUCACCGACUCGUGGAAGGAACAGGUCCGUCUCUGCUGCUCCGUCCUCGCCGGCCAGAUCGACAACCUCGGUCCCGAGAUCCCCGAUUACCUCCCCAAGAUCGUCGACUCGUACAUGUCCAUCGUGGCCGUUCCGACCAAACCUCGCAACCGUCUCUCGCUUCUCUUCCCGACGUCAUACCCCUUCCCAUCCAAGCCCAUCACCGAAGAGUGCACCUUUGAUGAGGCAUUGGUCGAGCUUUCCGCAAUCCUUUCAGCCGUUUCGAACUCGCCAAGCGGCAUGCAACUAGAGUUGAUCGAGGGCGACUUGACUUUGUUGCUAGAGAACACCCUCCGCGUGCAUAUGAGCAUUUUGAUGGGCGAGGCUUUCCCGCCCGACUGGCUGAGCGUACACAUCUACCACCACAAGUCCACCAUGAAAACACUACAGUACUUAUCCAGCAUCCUGCUCGAGUCGUACUUGCCCCAUCCCGACGAUGCCGAGAACUUCAACACCGAACUCUGGAAGAUGUUCUUCACAACCAUGCUCAAGCUUGUUGGUAGCCCAUCUCUGGCUCUGGAAACCUUCCCGGAACAGAAGCGUAGAGCUGUGUGGAAAAUCGCCGGCGAUGUCAGAGAGCAUGGCGCCGAGCUCCUCAGACGGACCUGGGAGGCCAUUGGCUGGGAGACGAGCGCCGAUGAGCGGGAUCGUUACAACCUGUCCAAGAUGGGCGGAUACCAGGUUCAAUACGUCCCCGUCCUCGUUGGCCCCAUUGUCGAGCUUUGUCUCAGCGUGCACCAAGGCCUGCGACGGAUGGCCGUGGAGGUGCUGCAGACCAUGAUCGUCAGCGAAUGGACCCUUAGCGAGGACCUGUCCGUCAUCCAGACCGAGGUGAUUGACAGUCUCGACCAAUACUUCAAGUCGAAGCCCUUGACCGAGAGCAUCUUGCAAAAACUCUUUAUCGGCGAGGUCUUGGAGCGUUUCGCGCCACUGGCGACCGGCCCCGACGAGGCACUGCACGCUGCGAUUUGCGAGCUGAUGGGCACCGUCAACGAGUUCCUCGACCUUCUCGUGGCUGUUCACAGCAGCGACAACUCGAGCGAGGCGUCGCACCUGAUUAACCGACUGCGGCUGAUGGAGUUCCUCCGGGAUAUGCAGAAGGAAGAUAUAUUUAUCAGAUAUGUCCACCAGCUGGCCGCCCUCCAAGGCGAAGCAAGGAACCAUUGCGAAGCUGGCCUGGCGUUGCGGCUGCACGCCGACCUCUACGACUGGGAUCCCACGAAGCAGGUUCCCGCCCUGAGUGAACCUGAAUUCCCGGUGCAGACAUCCUUCGAGCGCAAGGAGCGCAUCUAUUUCGACAUGAUCAAGCAUUUCGAGGAUGGCGAGGCCUGGAGCAGCGCCUUGGCUGCCUACCGAGAGCUGCGUACCCAGUACGAGAGCAACGUCUUUGAUUUCGCCAAGCUUGCCCGGACCGAACGAGCCAUUGCCACCGUUUACGAGACCAUCUCCAGGAGCGACAGGUUGAUACCCAAGUACUUCAAGGUCGUCUACAAGGGGCUCGGGUUCCCCUCUAGCCUUCGCGAUAAAGAAUUCGUUUACGAGGGAUCCCCGACAGAACGCGCCUCGGCCUUCACGGACCGCAUGCAGGAGCUAUACCCGUCUGCUCAGAUUGUGACGGGCGGCGAUGUGGACGAUGUGGAGGGGCAGUUCCUCGUUGUUUCCGCCAUCACCCCCCAUCGCGAUCUAACGCACCACGUCUUCCAGCGCGCCCGCGUCCCGCAGGUCAUCCGCGACUAUCUGCUCUCCGCCAACCCCCAGAGCUUCUCCGUAUCGUCCAAGCGCAACACGUCUGGGCCCGUAAAAGAGCACCACGCGGAGAAGAUGGUGUUCACCACAGCCGACCCAUUCCCGACGAUCCUCCGACGCAGCGAGAUCGUCUACACGGAGGAAAUCAAGCUCGGUGCUCAUGAGACAGGCCUGGAACGCAUCGUCAGGAAGACGCAGGAGAUGACGGUCAUUGAGAAGCGAGUUGCCGAGGGCGACGAAGAGAACGCGCAGUUGCUCGUGGAUGCUGUGAGCGUUUCGGUCAACCCCGAUUCUGACAAUAGCGUUGCGUGCUACCGUCAGCUCCUGCCAGCCGCUUCGAGCGACGACGACGACGACGACGACGACGGCGAAGACGAGGAACAAGAGGCACUCCUUGACCCGCAAGAUAAUGCCAUCAAGAUGGCGCUUGUCGACCAUGCAAUCAUGAUCAAGCGAUGCCUGGCAACGUUUGCAAAAAGUUCGAACGAGGUCCUCAGCCGAAGGCAUGAGGAACUACGGCAAUACUUUGAAAGCACCUUCGCACCCGAAAUCGCUCUCUUUGCGCCCCAACAGCCCACUCGCGACUUUACCAACUUACAGCCCUGGCGACGAUCAUCGCCGUCGACAGAACAGGGAUCCCCCCAACCGCAGAGCACCACCGAUGCCACGGACAACGUUGUGGUCGCCGAACAAGUGUCGACGGUUCAGCCCAUUGCCAUCCGCCAGGGUCGCGGUACACGCCUGAGCUUCCUGGGAGGUCGUAAGAAGCAAUCCCCGGUGCAACAACAAACCAACAGUAACUCCUCGGCCAGCGGCGACGCGGAUGAUACUUUAAGCCAGCACAGCCGAAGCCGCAGCAGGGCCCAAGACACAUCCAGCCGGCUAAGUUUCUUCCGGGCCCCAUCUACAGACGGGGGGCGUAUCAAUGGUAGCAACGAUGCUGCUAGCGAAUGGGUGACGGAUUCGGGCGGCCGGCAAAGCUCAGACACGGGCUUCAAUCUGACGGAAAAGGAGCGCGAGUAUAGGGACGAACGUCUAGCCGAUGACCCCAUCGUCAUCAAACGAAGCAGUGUGAGGAAGAGACUCAGCAUGCUGAAACUGGGCAAGAAGUCACAUAAGCAGGGUGGCCUCAUGGGAAGCGUGCACGAGGAAUAG